AUGUCAAGACGAGCUACCACCUGGGAACAAUAUACUCACGAGCUGUUCAAUCAAGCUCACCUGUCUCUAAUUGCCGAGGACAGGACAGAAGUGAGAGAAGUGAGGAGGUCUCGUGAGGAGGACAGGAGUGAGAGGUCUCGUGAGGAGGACAGGAGUGAGAGGUCUCGUGAAGAGGACAGGAGUGAGAGAAGUGAGAGGUCUCGUGAGGAGGACAGGAGUGAGAGGUCUCGUGAAGAGGACAGGAGUGAGAGAAGUGAGAGGUCUCGUGAGGAGGACAGGAGUGAGAGGUCUCGUGAGGAGGACAGGAGUGAGAGGUCUCGUGAGGAGGACAGGAGUGAGAGGUCUCGUGGGGCAUAUACCGAGGACAAGAGUGAGGUAAAGCAGGAAAGAUCUUACGAGAUAUAUGGCGAGGACAGAAGCCACGUCUUGUCCUCGUUUCACCUGAAGAGAGACGAGACGAGUGUGACGAGAUCGCCGCCAAAUAGAAUCCAAUCGAGACCAGACGAGACAGAGGCUCGAUCCCCUGUUCUCAAGACAUUGCCUCCGCCACUAUUACCGUUGGACCACUCAGCGACGUUUAAACGCAAUGUCUCAGGCGUUGAAAUUCAGUCUACGAGUCAUUCCACGUUGCCCAGACACACUUCAACGCCAAGACACACUUCAACGCUAAGACACACUUCAACGCCACUAUCUAGACACAUUUCAGCGCUAUCAUCCAGAGACACUUCAACGCCAAGACACACUUCAACGCUAUCUUUACACAGUUCAUCACCCCUACCUAAGCAUAUCUCAACGCUAUCCUUGCACAGUUCAACGCCACAACACACUUCAACGCUACCUGUUCACAGUUCAACGUCGCCACACCCUCAACGCACUUUAACGCCACCCUUACAGAGUUCAACGCUACCUGUUCACAGUUCAAUGCAUCAUAUAUAUAGUGUGACGCCCCAUAUACACAGUUUGACUCCCUUAACGCAAUGUUCAACGCCACCCAGGCAUAGUUCAACGUCUCCCAGGCAUAGUUCAACGCCACCCAGGCAUAGUUCAACGUCUCCCAGGCAUAGUUCAACGCCAUUCAGGCAUAGUUCAACGCCACCCAGGCAUAGUUCAACGCCACCCAGGCAUAGUUCAACGCCACCCAGGCAUAGUUCAACGUCUCCCAGGCAUAGUUCAACGCCACCCAGACACACUUCAACGCCAAGACACACUUCAAAGCCAAGACACACUUCAACGCCAAGACACACUUCAACGCCAAGACACACUUCAACGCUAAGACACACUUCAACGCCACUAUCUAGACACAUUUCAGCGCUAUCAUCCAGAGACACUUCAACGCCAAGACACACUUCAACGCUAUCUUUGCACAGUUCAUCACCCCUACCUAAGCAUAUCUCAACGCUAUCCUUGCACAGUUCAACGCCACAACACACUUCAACGCUACCUGUUCACAGUUCAACGCCGCCACACCCUCAACGCACUUUAACGCCACCCUUACAGAGUUCAACGCUACCUGUUCACAGUUCAAUGCAUCAUAUAUAUAGUGUGACGCCCCAUAUACACAGUGUGACUCCCUUAACGCAAUGUUCAACGCCACCCAGGCAUAGUUCAACGCCACCCAGGCAUAGUUCAACGUCUCCCAGGCAUAGUUCAACGCCACCCAGGCAUAGUUCAACGCCACCCGGGCAUAGUUCAACGCCACCCAGGCAUAGUUCAACGUCUCCUAGGCACAGAUCAACACCACAUUGUUCAACGCCAUACACUUCAGCGCUACCCACGCCGCGUCGAAACUCUCCACCUCCUCUCCUGCCGAUAACGCCCUUAACGCUCCUCUCAACGCUACAAGAACACUUCAUUUCAACCCCUCCUUCACCACCCUCUCAACGCACCUCCACGCCGACCUCUCAACGCAACUCCCCGUCCACUACCCCGCCCUCACGACGCACUACAUCGCCCUCACGACGCACUACCCCGCCCUCACGACGCACUACCCCGCCAUCACGACGCACUACCCCGCCAUCACGACGCACUACCCCGCCAUCACGACGUCCCACCCCGCCCACUUCCACGCCCAUUUCAACGCCGCUUUUCCAUGCCAACAUAUCAACGCCAUCAACAGAUUGUUAUUCACCAACAAGACGAGAAAUGGAAGAGGAAAUUAGACUCCAAAGAAAGGUGAGUAUAUGACUGUCUUGCCCCAAAAUGAUUACCAGUGCGAGCAUUCACUAGCGUCUGGCGUAAACUAUCCACCCAAUAAAAUCAAUCUUACUGUGAAAUAAACUAGGGUAACUAAUCUUCAGGUCAUCUAAAACACCUGUGAUUAUAAUGAUAAAUUAACAGGUAUGUGGU